GGGCAGGGCCGGCAGGGGAGCGCGAGAGAGGCGGGCGCUUUGGCGGAUCAUGUGAUGAGCCCGCUGUUCUCGGCGGCCGCUUGGCUUUUCCCUCCGCCUCUCCUUGUUUCUGGAAGCUGCUGCUGGUCUCGUCUGGACUUGGGGGCUGCCGGCCGACGCCUCCUCCGGCUCUCCCACCGCCUUCCUCUUCGGAAGAUGGGCAGCCCAUUGGCCGCGGCUCCUGCGUGCUGUGCCGGGGGGCUGCUUGGCUGAGGCGCGGCCGCUGGGGAGGGAGCGGCGAGCGGAGUCGACAGCCGCACACAAAGGGCGCCGCCAGCCCAGCUUCCUCCUCCUCCUCCUGCCUUCUAAGUUGGAAACCUUCAGAGGAACUAUCUAAAGCUAGAGUUUCUGGACCCUGUAGAAGUGAAGUCAACAGAAAAACGCUUACAUACUCCCAUCUCUUCCUCCAUUUUUUGAUGGGAGCUGUUUAUUGAAUUCGAAGAUGACCUGCAGUAGAGUUGUGUUCCACUUUUGAAGUACAAGGAUUCUCACAUGACUUUCACUUCCAGAAAUAGGUCCCUUGGGUUGCAGGCUAGAUUGCCAGAAAUAGUGGCUGAGUGAAAAUUCAACAGGCAACUGUAAACAGCAGAAGGACGUCUGUGGACACUUGGUGAAUGAAGAACAAGUGAACGUAUCACACAGAAAUGGCUGCAUGGAUUUGGGUACUGAGCAUUCUGAGCUAUUCUUGCUUUACCUGUGCAUUAAGGCAUAAGACAUCUGAUUCCUUCACAAGCAAGACAGAGCUGAGCCAUCUGGCAGUGAACCACGAGACGGGAACUGUUUACUUAGGAGCCAUGAAUUUCCUGUAUCAACUUACAAAAGACUUGAAACCGUAUCCCUCAAUAGGUGAUGUAACAACUGGACCUCACAAUGAUAACAAAAUGUGCACUCCUCCUAUUGAUGAAAGUCAGUGCACUGAAGCAAAGUUAACUGACAAUUACAACAAGAUUCUUUUGCUGGACACAUUGGAGAAAAAGAUUGUGAUUUGUGGGAGCCUAUUUAAAGGCAUUUGUUCCAUUAGGGAGCUUGAGAACAUUUCAAACAGAACUUAUUACGAGAAUGGCAGCGGAGAAAAAUCAUUUGUUGCAAGUAAUGAUGAGAAUGUCGCCACAGUGGGGCUCAUCACCUCUUUGGAAAAAGGCAGAAUGAUGUUUGUGGGAAAGGGGAAUGGGGUAAGUGACAAUGGGAUCAUAAUCAGUACCCGGCAGCUUUUUAAUAAGGAGGGGAGAGAAAUUUUUGAACUAUAUGCAGAUCCUGCAGUCAUUAAAUCAGCGUACCCUUCCUCAAGCACACAAGAGUUUCUAUACAUCUUCGAAGACAACCGAUACGUGUACUUUAUUUUCAAUGAGCAUUUGAAACAGCCCCUUAAAAACCGGACAAUCAUUGCACGGCUCUGCAAGGAGGAUGAACAUUAUCAUUCCUACUUUGAAAUGGACCUGGAAUGUAAAGACAAGAGUGGCCCUUACAACCAAUGCAAUGCGGUCUAUGCUGCUGCUCCCGGGCAGAUUCUUUUGGACAGUAUCACACUGUCAAGACAAGAUGAUAUUGCCCCAUCAGAGAAAAUACUGAUUGCCCUUUUCCAAAGGAUCAACAAAGAUAAAAAUUCAUUGGAAUCAGCUUUGUGUAUGUUUUCCUUGAGACAGAUCAAUCAGAAAAUGGAAGAAAAAAGGGAGAAAUGCUACAAGAGGAGUGGCCUGGGUGUUUUUUACAAACCAUUUGUAGCAGAUAGUGUUCUAUGUAAUAGUAAAACUCAUCAGGAUCUUCUUAGCCAAACUUUCCCAUGUGGUUCUGAACAUUUGCCCUACCCUCUGGGAAGCAAAGAGGGAAUCACAACUGAACCUCUAUUGAAAAAGGAAGGUGUUAAAUUAACUGCAGUGACCUUUGCAGUCGAGAAUGAUCACACCGUGGCGUUUGUAGGAACUGCCGAUGGAAGAAUACUGAAGGUAUUUCUGGCUAAUCCUGCAAAGGAGUAUGGUGGUGGUGUGUUUGAAAAAAAUCAAGCUAUUAAGAAGGAUCUUGUCCUUGAUGCUCUCCAAGAGCACUUGUACCUGAUGACUGCAAACAAGGUAUUUCGAUUACCUGUCCAGGAAUGUGAUAUUUAUUAUACCUGUGAUCAGUGUAUUAAUGCUCAGGAUCCUUAUUGUGGUUGGUGUGUGACAGAGGGAAAGUGUUCAAAGAAAAAAGACUGUGAAAGAUCGGCUAGGGCAAAUAAUUGGCUCUGGAGCCCAAAUGGAAUUUGCUUGACUAUUACAAGAGCUCAGCCGCAGAAUAGGAGUCGCAGAGUCCCAGGGAAGGUAGAAUUGACUCUAAGCCCUAUGCCAGUUUUAAAUGAAGAUGACCAGCUACAGUGUCAAUUUGGUGAAACGAGCCAUCCGGCAGAGUUAAUAGAUGAAGCUGUUAUCUGUCGUCCUCCAGAGGUAAUCCCUCCAACACCUAAAGGCCAAGACCAUGUGUUAGUUCAACUGAAUCUGACCUUUGGUGAUGGUAUAUUUUUUGCAUCAAGUACAUAUCCUUUUUAUGACUGUGGAGAAGCGAUAAAUCUUUCAAAAAAUGAACCAUGCUUCUCCUGUGCAAGCAGUAGAUGGAAUUGUGAGUGGGACUGGCAUAAUCAUAGCUGUGAGGAUUCAUCCUUAGAAGAAGAUGUAAUUAAACAAAAUAUGGAGGAAGAGUGUCCACAGUUUCUAAAUCCCAACCCUGAAAUAAUACCUAUGGAUUAUAUAACAGAAAUACACUUUGAAGGGAAGAAUCUAGACAAUUAUCAGGGUAAAUCUUUCCUUAUUGGGAAUGAGGAAUUUGACUUUGAGAGCACUGUGGAACAGUCAUCUGAUGUAACUUUCUCCUUUAAAAGUCGGAAGUUUCCCCACACAAGUGAAACUUUGCCACUUAAUUUAUACAUAAAAACUAAUCAUGUCAAGAUUGACAGCAAGCUGAUGGUGACUUUAUACAGCUGUUCCUUUGGUCGGAGCGAUUGCAGCUUGUGUCUUGCAGCUGAUCCCAAGUAUGAAUGUGUCUGGUGUGAAAACAGCUGUGUUUACUCAAAAGUAUGCCUAACUCCUACCACCAUCUGUCCUCCUCCAGUCAUUACUCAGAUUGAACCAAAGAAUGGACCACUAAGUGGUGGAAUUUUGUUGACCAUAAUGGGAUCUAAUUUGGGCAUAAGAGCUGAAGAUGUCACAGACAUAAUGGUGGCAGGCACUAAUUGUAUAUUUAAAGAAGAAUUCUACUCUGUUUCUACCAAGGUCGUGUGUAAAGUUGAAGGGGUACAGGAAGCAAGGCGAGGUGAAAUUGUAGUUGAUGUAAAUGGACAACAAGGCAAAUCAAUGAGCGAAGUGCAGUUUACAUAUCAGGAUCCAAACCCUACAGGAAUACAUCCCAGAAAAGGUCCCCAAGCUGGAGGAACCAUCCUAACUAUCACUGGCACAAACUUGGACACUGGCUCAAGACAAGAUGUUAAUAUUUCCCUUGACAGUGUGCCCUGUGAAGUUAUCCAGUUUGGUGAAGAAAUUGUUUGUGUUACUGGAUCAAAUAACAAGGUUGGGAAUGCUAUUGUAACAGUACAGCAUGGAAGCACUGGAAAACAAAUAGAGCAUGAACCCUUCACCUAUACAGAGAAUCCUAAAAUUGAUGGCAUCCAGCCCAAAACAAGCAUACGCAGUGGAGGACGAAAUAUUACUGUGACUGGGAGUGGUUUUGACAUCAUUCAGAAGUUUUCUGUGGAAGUCCUAGUUGAACCUUUUGGGGAUUUCUUAUCAAAGAAGAGGCGAAGGCGGCAGAUACAGAAAUCACAGAAGUUUGAAGGAGAAGUUAUCUCAAAAUUGAAUGACACUGCAAUAGUCUUCUUGUCUCCACCAGUCGUGGAAGAUCCAGAAAGCUAUAAAAUUACUACACUUAUUAAAAUGGAUGGGUACGUGGAGCCAUUACAAGAUCCAUUGCAGUAUUUCUCCGAUCCAACCUUUGAAAAUUUCACAGAUGGUGUCAAGAAGCAAGUCAACAAGCUGAUUCAUGCAAAGGGCAGUAAUCUGAACAAAGCCAUGACAAUCGAAGAGGCUCAAGCAUUUGUAGGAGAGCAACCCUGCAUCAUAAAAACCUUGACUGAGACGGAUUUAUACUGUGAGCCACCAGAAGUGCAGCCCCCUCCAAAGAGAAGGCAGAAAAGAGAUACAGUUAAUAACCUGCCAGAAUUCAGCGUGAAAUUUGGCUUCAAAGAAUGGGUCCUUGGAAGAGUGGAAUAUACCCAAGUGAGUGACUUACCGCUGAGUCUGAUUUUGCCAUUAGUCCUGAUUCCCAUGGUGGCCAUUAUCAGCAUCUCAAUCUAUUGCUACAGACGAAAAAGUCAACAAGCAGAACGAGAAUACGAAAAAAUUAAAUCACAACUUGAAGGCUUGGAGGAAAGCGUCAGAGACAGGUGCAAAAAGGAAUUUACAGAUCUAAUGAUAGAAAUGGAAGAUCAAACAAAUGAUAUCAAUGAAGCAAGAAUUCCUGUGCUGGACUACAAGACUUACACAGACAGAGUUUUCUUUCUGCCAUCCAAGGAUGGAGAAAAAGAUGUCAUGAUCACAGGGAAACUAGAUAUUCCUGAAGCAAGGAGGGCUACUGUAGAACAGGCUCUGAAUCAAUUCUCCAAUCUCCUCAACAGUAAAUCGUUUCUCAUUAACUUCAUUCACACACUGGAAAAGCAAAGGGAAUUCUCAGCACGUUCAAAAGUUUAUUUUGCGUCUCUGUUGACUGUAGCUUUGCAUGGGAAAUUAGAGUACUAUACUGACAUCAUGAGGAUGUUGUUCUUGGAGCUGAUGGAACAGUAUGUGGUGGCCAAAAACCCUAAGCUGAUGCUCAGAAGAUCAGAAACUGUUGUGGAAAGGAUGCUUUCCAACUGGAUGUCCAUUUGUCUGUAUCAAUACCUUAAGGACAGUGCUGGAGAACCUCUUUAUAAGUUGUUCAAGGCUAUCAAGCACCAGGUGGAAAAAGGUCCUGUAGAUGCUGUACAAAUGAAAGCCAAAUAUACACUGAACGACACUGGUUUAUUGGGAGAUGAUGUAGAAUAUUCACAACUGACUGUGAAUGUAAUUGUCCAAGAUGAAGGUACGGAGUCUGUGCCCGUAAAGGUACUCAAUUGUGAUACUAUUUCUCAAGUAAAGGAGAAGAUAAUAGACCAAGUCUACCGGAAUUUACCUUAUUCACAGUGGCCAAAGCCUGACAGUGUAGUUCUUGAGUGGCGUCCAGGUUCUACUGCACAGAUACUCUCAGACUUGGACUUAACAUCCCAGAGAGAUGGCAGGUGGAAACGUAUCAAUACCUUGAUGCACUAUAAUGUACGGGAUGGGGCUACUCUCAUCUUGUCUAAAAUGUGGAUCUCCCAACAGCCAGAAGAUCACCAACAAGACAUGCCAGAGGAAAGGCAUGCCUUAUUAGAAGAGGAAAAUAAGAUCUGGCAUCUCGUUCGGCCAGUAGACGAAGUUGAUGAGGGGAAAUCAAAAAGAGGGAGCAUGAAGGAGAAGGAAAGAACCAAAGCUAUUACCGAAAUCUACCUGACAAGACUUCUCUCUGUGAAGGGUACGCUUCAGCAGUUUGUAGAUAACUUUUUUCACAGUGUACUUGACUCAAACCAUGUUGUGCCACCAGCUGUGAAAUACUUCUUUGAUUUCCUUGAUGAGCAAGCAGAAAAGCACGAAAUCAAAGAUGAGGAUACAAUCCACAUCUGGAAAACAAAUAGCUUGCCACUUAGGUUUUGGGUGAACAUAUUGAAAAACCCGCAUUUCAUUUUUGAUGUUCAUGUUCACGAAGUAGUGGAUGCUUCCUUGUCAGUCAUCGCACAGACUUUCAUGGAUGCUUGCACAAGAACGGAGCACAAAUUAAGCAGGGAUUCUCCAAGUAAUAAGUUGCUCUAUGCAAAAGAGAUCUCUACAUAUAAGAAGAUGGUAGAAGAUUAUUACAAAGGUAUUCGCCAAAUGGUACAAGUGAGUGACCAGGAUAUGAAUACACAUCUAGCAGAGAUUUCUAGGGCACACACAGACUCAUUAAACACACUUGUGGCUUUACACCAGCUCUAUCAGUAUACGAACAAAUACUAUGAUGAGAUCAUAAAUGCACUUGAAGAGGACCCAGCUGCACAGAAGAUGCAACUUGCUUUUCGAUUACAACAGAUAGCAGCUGCGUUAGAGAAUAAAGUGACUGACCUUUGAUUUGAAAGCUGCAAUAAAGAAGUCUGAUCUGAAGAUGUAUAAAUUCAUUCUUCCUGAUAAGGAAAUAGUGUUCUAUUUUUUAAUGUGUAAUUACAACUUUAAAAGAGGGGAAAUCAUUUUUUUAUAGCAAAGCUGUAAUGUAAAGAGUUUUUACUGUAAAUUAUGCUUCUAAUUAAAAUCCUGUGUUGUGUGUGAAUGAGUUUCUACUUGGAAAUGAGGGGCAGUCCUUAGGGGGUGGGGGGAUGGUAAAGUUAUAGCUCAUUUAAUCAACUAGUACAAUCUUGAAGCAUCAGCAUUCUUAGAAUUCGUUAUUCUAGUAAAUUCACUCUAUAUUAUUCUUUAUAUUUUAAGCAAUAUUUGUACUGGAAAAGUGAUAGCAUAUUGGAAAAAUAAAUGCAAUAGCCCCCUUUUGAUUUCAAUAAUUGGAAAUAGAUUUUUUAAAAAUCUUUUUGAAUUCCCAUUGUCUGUAUUCUGCUCAUAAUGAGUAGGAUAAAAGACACAUUUGCUACAUCUUUUCUGUUAAGGCAAUAUGCUGGAUUUUAGUACCAUACAUCUUUACAUACAUGAUAACUAAGUGCUGAAAACAAUCGUGGUAGCGACUGCAGCUCUUAAACUCAGUUUUCUGAGAUGAAAGUGGGCAUGCUGUGGAUGAACUGGAAUAGUUUGAUCCUUUGAUUGGGUUGGGGUCUAGGUCUCCCCAAUGCCAUCUAAACCCUUCAGGAAAAAAACCAGUUCCAGCAUCGAAUCUGAAAGAUUCUCAAUUUGAGCAACAUCACCAAGUGCUUCCAAAUAGCCAACACUGGUCUGACACACCAUUGGCAAAAAUGAGAAAAGAUCUCUAUCUACAGAUUUUUUUAUAGAUAUCAUUCAUAUUUGUCCACCAAUUAAUGGUUCUUUCGCUCUGGUUUUGCUAUAAAGGUGUCAAGAUUACACCCUGAGGAAAAGAGUCUGUGUUCAGCCAAAACAAAUGAAGUCUUUGCUGUGUAAAAGUAUGAUCAUACAGCACUGUGGUAGUGAUUGUGAUGAAAUGGUAGUAAAGGUCCAUCACCCAGAGGAGGGUUAUGUGAGCUACUGGUCUGCCAUGAAGAGAGUGAGGGAACAUACUGAAGAUAAAGUCUAAUUAGGUUCAGCAACCAUGGCAAAUUAUCGUUUCAAAUGUUCAUUUUUUGUUGUUCAUUUUUAAUGGUUACUUUUAUUAUAUAUGCUAAUGUGCCUUACUUGUACUAAUUAUGUGAAUCUGAAUGGUUUUUUGUAAAGAGAAUCAUAUCAAAAAUAUUUAUGUGUGGGUUGAUAACUUUUGUGAGAAACAUGACCAGCAGAAUGCCUGUAAUUAGCUUCUUGCCAAUUGUGUGCUGUUCAACAUGAUUCAGAUAUGUAUAUCUUUUAUUGGAAUGGUUCAUAGGAUUUUCUUUUAAACAAACAAACAAACCCAGUCCUGCAUCUUCACACCAGCCUAGGAGAUUCACUAUUUGGUUGAGGGUAGGAUUGCCCUAAAACAAACAGAAGUGUAUUAGUAAUGUAAAAUAUUUGUUGAGAAGGUGAAAAAAAAAUCCCAUGCUCCAUUUAACUGAAACACCACUUGAGCCUUGGAAUGCUGCAAUGGAUGGAAUAAUCAUCAUUAACAUAUUGCUGUGGAAAGUAAAAUAACUUGUCAAAAAUGUAAUGUGUGUUUACAAUUGAAGUCGGCUUCCAGGCAAUUUGUUAAAGCUUGGUACGUUAUCUUAAAUUGCUGUGUUGCACAAAAGAAAGCAAUCUUUGUUACAUUAUUUUCUCACCGUAGUUUCUGGAAGUUGAGUAGCAUUUUCAUGUAGUGCUGCCAUAGAAAGCUCUUUGCCUUUUGCCAUUGCUCUAUGUUCUCUGUCCUGCCCUGUCUCAAAAACUCACUUGACUCUUAACACAGUAACAGAGUUUCAGUUGCUACCUCGCCCUGUACUGGAGUCACUCUAACUUUCCCCCUUUUUGUUCAUCUUCAAAUGUAUCAAUGUUGUUCUUGAUUUCUGUGGAGCCAACUCACAGACUUUAAAACAAGUGAGCCAUGGGUUGGCUUAGAAGUAAAAAGGGAGAAGCAGGGUGUAACAUCUGAUGUCUUUCCUUUGAAUAUUUAUACUGUUACUUUCAUCUGCAUACCCAACUUAACAUGUCUGGAAUGUAAGGAACUAUGAACAGUUUGGAUCCAUUUAUGUAAGAAUUGUGUGUCAAAUUAAGCCUCUAUACUUGCCUUCUGUCUAAUCAACAUACAUAUCCAAACUUGCUAAUCUGUUUUUAUUUUGUCAUUAUUUGUAAAUCCUGUUAAUUGUAAAUCAAAUACAUUUUUCCACAAAGUGUUA